AUCCAUUCCUUUACCUUUUGACAGGCAGACGCAAAGGCUGGUCUUUUUAGCGACCCGCUCGAAUCUGCUUUUUUCGGUAGCAUCUUUAACUAAAACUGCGCAACAAUGGUUGUUAAGAAGCCCAGGCCAAAGAAGAAGCCAGUGACCAAGAAGGUUGCCCCAGCUCCGCUGGCUGUGAAGAAACCAGUGGUUAAGAAGGUUGUCAACCAGCUCUUCGAGAAGCGUCCCAAGAACUUCGGAAUCGGCCAGAAUGUGCAGCCCAAGCGCGAUCUGUCCCGUUUCGUUCGCUGGCCGAAGUACAUCCGCGUCCAGCGCCAGAAGGCCGUGCUCCAGAAGCGUCUGAAGGUGCCGCCACCAAUCCACCAGUUCAGCCAGACCCUGGACAAGACCACCGCCGUGAAGCUGUUCAAGCUGCUCGAGAAGUACCGUCCCGAGUCUCCCCUGGCCAAGAAGCAGCGCUUGAAGAAGAUCGCUGAGGCCAAGGCCAAGGGCAAGGAUGUUGAGCCCAAGAAGAAGCCCAGCUACGUCUCGGCCGGCACCAACACCGUCACCAAGCUCAUCGAGCAGAAGAAGGCCCAGCUGGUCGUCAUCGCCCACGAUGUUGAUCCCCUUGAGCUGGUGCUCUUCCUGCCCGCCCUCUGCCGCAAGAUGGGCGUGCCCUACUGCAUUGUGAAGGGCAAGGCCCGUCUGGGUCGUCUCGUCCGCCGCAAGACCUGCACCACCCUGGCCCUCACCACCGUCGACAACAACGACAAGGCCAACUUCGGCAAGGUCCUGGAGGCCGUCAAGACCAACUUCAAUGAGCGCCACGAGGAGAUCCGUCGUCACUGGGGCGGUGGCAUCCUUGGCUCCAAGUCCCUGGCCCGCAUCUCCAAGCUGGAGCGCGCCAAGGCCCGCGAGCUGGCCCAGAAGCAGGGUUAAGCUUACAAGCUAAAGCUAAGGUCGUCACUUUUUAGUACACAUGGAUGAUAUGAUUUGGAUGGCGGAUGGGCCCCAAUGCUUCUCAAGCACUGGGCCACCGUCCUCCAUUGAGUUAAUAACAAAUAAACAUUUAAGUGUACAA